GCAUGGGACUUGUGCGCUUGGACACUGACCGUGGGUUCGAAUCCUACUCAAGAUGUAGAUGUUUGUCCCUCUUCUUUCUGUGUGUUGAGCUGUCCUGUGUACAGGUAGAGGCCUUGGCACGGUUUGAUCACAUCCAAGGACGCCUACCAAAUGUCUAAAUAGAUUAUCUAACUUCCAAAAGAGGCGGCCAAGGCCCACACUGAAUUGUAGAGCCACAGAUAAUGAUCAUGUAAUUAUAGUAGGAGGACCAGUUACCGCUACUGACCCGAGCAACAGCAGAAAAUGAAGAGCCAACUGCAGGAUAUAUGUUCAAAGAAAUAGAAGAAAUUACCUUUCAGCCUCCACCACACUGUCAACAGCUAGCAGAAUAUUUGAACCGGAGGUUGGAGAAACCUUCAGCUUGUGUUAAACUGAAGGUUUUGAAAAUAAUGCUGUAUUUGAUCCAAAAUGGUCACGUAAGUUUCCGAACCUAUUUAAGAAGAAAUGAUGGUUAUAUAAAGCUGGCAACAAUGUAUAAUGGUCCACCUGAUCCUCUUCUUGGUAUGGCUCCAUAUGAGAACAUCAGAACAACUGCGCAGGAACUCUUGGACAUUUUAUUUAGUCCAGACAUGAUUCAGCAAGAUGAAUCGCAAGACUUACUGGAAACAGGCGAAAAAAGUAGACCGCAGCUUGGAGGUUUGGGUUCAGCUGGGAAUACAAAAGGAAAAUAUGAGGGUUUUGGCAGUAGUCCUCUUGAUAGAGAAGAAACAUUUAAAGGAAAAAUGAUAGACAUGUUGGAGAAACUGAUGCAUCCAACAGAUGAAACAGCUGAGAAGAUAAAAUCUGCUCUGACAAGUUCACCUGGCGAAUACGAAGCUGUUCCCGUGGACCUAAUGACAGAUUCAGAUGUUGACAUUCAGCCUGCAGAAGCACAGAAAGCAACAGUCAAAAUAAAAGCUCAUGUGCCGGGCCGCGCGGGUGGAGGCUGGGAAUCCGAUGAUGAUAUCCAGCAGGAGGAAGUAUCAGAACUACAACAAUAUUCAUCUAGCAAGAGAGGAAGCAAUGUGUCUGUGGAUUCGCUUGAAAAGAUAGAACCAUCAGCAGCAGAGGUGACACCUGUGAAGGAAAUUGUGAAUGAAUUCUGCAUUCUACAGGAGUGGCCAGUACCCCUGUCUCAACUAAAUGACGCAUGUAAAAAGUCCGCAACUCUGAACUGUGGUGAUGUUCUACAUGCAAUUGGCAAUAUUUUGCUCCAGUCCCCCAGCAAAGUCUCUGACAUAUCACUGACACGUGCGCUGUUAAUGUUAGAAUGGUUUCUAAGAACUGAUCUUAUUACCCCAGCUGCCUUCUCAAAGGCCAUUUCAGUGCCACUUAAUCGCGUGUUAAAAUCGGAAUCCAUCGGACAAGAUGUAAUGGUAAAGGCUCAGAAAAUCAGACUGAUCUUGGACAAACUGCAGCCAAGACAAGGUUAACCCAACAUUCAGCGAUUUGGGUUGAAGUGUAGUAACACAAAAGGUGAUAAACAAAAGUAUGAAUAUGCAUUAAUUAAAGCGUAUUUUAAAAUCUGUUUCCAUCAUUUGCCAUGUGUUGGAAGAUCGUCUAAAUGAAAAUUUAUUGCUAAACCUCGUUCAUGAGCAACUCUGUGAAGCCCAUCCUUUGACGGCAGUUCGAACAGCAUUACCAGAUGUUGCUCUGUAGCGGUUAACUCUUGAUUUUGAUCCGGGAGGUCCCUAUCAAUAGGCUAUCCAUAAGUUCUUUGUUUUCCCCAGUCAAACUGCUGAAAGAGUCUUAAAACAGACCAUCGCACCUCCACAUCUUCCCUGAUCACAUGAUAUCCAACGUUACACAUCCUACACAGCAGACAAAGGUUAUUAUAAACGAAUCCGGACACAAACACUAUUGCCUGCAAAAAAUAUUUGAAUAUGAGAUUAUGGGAACUAAAAUAUUACACAAUUCCCAAUGAAAUUAAAGUUAUUUAUUACAAUAUGACUGAAAUCGACAUUAACGAAGGGCACGUGCAGAUUGUCUGGAUAUUUGGUGGCUACAGUCGUGUACAUCUUUCGCACUUUGUGUGAACAAUGCAGUGGUUAGACUGCCUUUCCCAGGUGCUCGGCUGCGGCAACAGCGAGACUACAGCACCAUCGUAGAGUGAGGUUGCGAUACAGGGGAUGCUGCAGAUGAUUCUCACUGGCUCAGAUGUUGUAGUUCUCUGGAUAUAUGACUUUGACACAAUUAAGUGGUCAAUUUUUGCGUUACACACUUUGCUUAAAAUGUAAAAAUAUUUGGAAGUCACGUUAUUAUGACAAUGCAUAAUAUAUGGUAAUGUACAAAGGAUAAAACAAAUGUUCAGCAACUUCAAUAAAUCUGUUUAUUAUGAA